CAUUCAGCGCGUCCCUCCCUGUUCUGGUGGCCGGCAUCCUCGCGGCUCUCCUUGGUGUGGCAGUCUACCUCAAUUCAGCUUAUUAAAAACAAAUGAGGAUGCUUAUGGGUCUGCUGGUCAUGCUUAUUCCCGGUUAUUUGAAUUUUUGAUAUUUUGUAACUGACCUACCUGGAAGUUGGUCGACACAAGGUACCGGUAUGCCCUAAAAACCACUCCGAUGUACAAACUUUCAGGCAUUUUCGGCCUAACUUCUUUGGGCCAAGUUGCCACACAACCCAAAAAGUCAUUUGACGAGGCUAGCCCACCACCGCCAUCGUCGCCAGCUUCAGCCUCUAGCUCACUUUCACGUGAGAGAGACGCCACCAUGGCGACUCGUAGCGGGCUGCUGCUGCCAAGCAGUGCCAUCCUCCUCGCGCUGCUGGCUCUUACCAUUUCCGCGACCGUCGCACAGAGCAACAACCUCGUCGCAAGCAAGCACAGCGCCGUGAACGUCGCUCGCCGCGGUCUGGUCCAGGCCUUGGCAGCCGGCGGCGCCUACUCCACCCUCGACAGCGACAGCGACGACCACAACGGUCACAACGACGAUGACCACUCCAGCGGCGGCUAUCACGACGGCGACGAUCACAGCAGCAGCGGCGGCUAUCACGACGGCGACCACUCGUCGUCGGACGACUACUACAGAUCGCCGUCCAAGUCGCCCUCGAAGUCUCCCUACAAGUCGCCUUCCAUGUCGCCCGUGAAAUCCGCGGGAAAGAAAUCGCCUGGAAAGUCGCCGAGUAGGUCGCCCAGCAAGUCGCCAGGAUACCGCGACGGCGACGACUACAAGUCGCCCGGAAAGUCACCGAGCAGGUCGCCCGGCAAGCCCGGCUAUCGCGACGACGACGAUUACUACAACAAGUCGCCCGGCCGCGGCGACGAUCACGACGACGACUACUAUCACAAGUCGCCCGGGAAGUCGCCCAGCGGCGACGAUCGCGACGACUACCACAGCACCAGUUCUGUCGUGAAUCCCCCCGCGCCAGUUGACAUCGCCAAAAGCAGCUCUUACUCCACCCUAGACAGCGACGACGGCGACCUCUCCAGCGGCGGCUAUCAUGACGACGACGAUCACCACGACGGCGACGAUCACAGCAGCAGCGGCGGCUAUCACGACAGCGACGGCGACCACUCGUCGUCGGACGACUACUACAGAUCGCCGUCCAAGUCGCCCUCAAGGUCUCCCUACAAGUCGCCUUCCAAGUCGCCCGUGAAAUCCGCGGGAAAGAAGAAGUCGCCUGGAAAGUCGCCGAGCAGGUCGCCCAGCAAGUCGCCGGGAUACCGCGACGACGACGACUACAAGUCGCCCGGAAAGUCGCCGAGUAGGUCGCCCGGCAAGCCCGGCUAUCGCGACGACGACGAUUACUACAAGUCCCCCGGGAAAUCCCCUUCCCGCUCCCCCAGCCGUUCCCCCUCCCGUUCCCCCAGCCGUUCCCCCUCCCGUUCCCCCAGUCGCUCCCCCUCCCGCUCCCCCUCCCGCUCCCCCUCUCGCGGCUCCCCCAGCAAGUCGCCCGGCCGCGGCGACGAUCACGACGACGACUACUAUCACAAGUCGCCCGGGAAGUCGCCCAGCGGCGACGAUCGCGACGACUACCACAGCACCAGUUCUGUCGUGAAUCCCCCCGCGCCAGUUGACACCGCCAAGAGCAGCUCUUCUGGCGGAUUCGCGUCGUGGUUUGGCGGCCUUCUCGGGAUUGGCCAGUAGAGGAAAUUGCACUCGGAUUGUUGGAUCCAAGGUGGGCUGUGCGGGUGGUUUAUCCAAGUUGGAUCUGUCUGAGUCACUGAGCGUGCCACGUAUCAGGGGGUAGGAGGGGUUGCAAGGUUAUAAGUGGUGCUGUCGUUUCGGAUCUGUCGAGGAUGUCUCACAUGUGGGCUGUGUGGGUGGUUGUGUGGACUGCUGCUUAUUAUUUGGGCAGUGCUGGUGGUGCAUAUUAUUUGACAUAAU